AUAAAGCGAUAUAUUGCAUUUAAAUGAGUUUUUUUAUUGGUUUUCGUGACCAAAACAUUUACGGAAGAUAAUAUCAGACCUAUUAAAUAUUUACAUGAUUAAUGUGUAUCAGUCAGCUGGUGGCGGAAGACGUGCGGUACAGUUACCUAUGGCGUAAGCAAUCGAAAAUGUUCAUUAACGCACACAGGUAUAGGUAAUACCUACUGAUCAAUAGCUGUUAAUGUGCCACCGAAUAAACAUGCUACAAUUUCUAUUUAAAUCGUCCAGUUCUAAAGGGUCCCGAACGCCGUCCAGAAUUAUGGAACGUUAUGAGAAAUUGUGUAAGUUGGGUGAAGGCAGCUAUGGGCUAGUGUACAAGUGCAGAAAUAGAGACACAGGCGAAAUUGUGGCGAUUAAAAAGUUCGCUGAAAGCGAAGAUGAUCCACUAAUUAGAAAAAUUGCACUUAGAGAAAUAAGGCUCUUAAAGAAUUUGAAGCACGUUAACUUAAUAAAUCUUCUAGAGGUAUUCAGGCGAAAGCGAAGGUUGCAUUUAGUGUUCGAAUUUUGCGAGAAGACCGUACUGAACGAACUCGAAAGGUACCCGAGGGGAUGUCCGGAUUUGGUUACGCAACAAAUCGUUUGGCAAACCUUGCAGGCGGUGGCGUAUUGUCACCACCACGGAUGCAUACAUAGAGAUAUAAAACCGGAGAACAUUUUACUUACAGCGAAUGGCGUCGUUAAACUUUGCGAUUUUGGUUUCGCGAGAAUGCUGAGUCCCGGGGAGAAUUAUACAGAUUACGUGGCCACAAGGUGGUAUAGAUCUCCUGAGCUGCUUGUUGGAGAUACUCAGUACGGUACGCCCGUCGACGUAUGGGCAAUUGGCUGUGUUCUGGCGGAGUUGACGAAGGGCGAAGCCUUAUGGCCAGGAAAAUCCGACGUAGAUCAAUUAUAUUUAAUCCGAUGCACAAUUGGAGAUUUACUAGCUAGGCAUAUGCACGUUUUUAAAACGAACGACUUUUUUCAAGGUGUCAGUCUACCAGUACCUCAGCAACUGGCACCGCUGGAAGUCAAACUGCCCCACUCCAGCCCAACCAUCUUAGAUUUCUUAAGAAAAUGUCUAGAUAAGGAUCCAGCAAAACGAUGGACGUGCGAUCAAUUAUUGACUCAUCAGUAUUUUGAAAAUUUUCACUUUAAGGUCGAUGAAAUUGAAGAACAAAAUUUUGAGAAAAACAGUCGGGACAAAUCACGAACGUCUAGUACCAGCAUGUGCCUGCCACAACUGACCGACGUAAAACAAGUUAGCCCAUAUAAGCAGUCGAAUCAACAGCGUACGAAUAAAAUUGACCAUUUGCCCACGAUAUGACAAAAAUUGCCGUUGUUAACCAAAUAGGAUUUGUUUAAAUUAUACCCGCAUUAUAAAUAACCAAUAAGAAAGCAUGCUAUAUUGUUUCAUCUGUUUUUAAUUCGUAACAUAAAUGUAUGUUGUACUUACUUACAUAUCGAAAAACAUAUGCGGCAUGUUAAAUAAUUGUGAUU